AUGUUCGCCGUUGUCGGUCUCCUCCUAGUCUGCUAUGUCCUCGGUGAUGCUCCGUUCGAGCAGGUUCGCACGCAUGUGGAGUGGAGCCGCCAGAAUGUAGACGAAGAUCAACCCGGAAAGUACUUCCACGAGUCGAGCUUUUCAGGACACCACGACGGCCGCUUUGCAGAUCGCCAGCUUGGGUACGAGGAGCGGAACGACCAUCUCACUGCGUUGUGCCAUACUUAUUUGAGCACGAUGAACGAUCUUGGUAUUGAGACUUGGCUUAUGCAUGGUACUCUACUCGGCUGGUAUUGGAAUCGGAAAGUGCUGCCUUGGGACAAUGACCUAGAUGUGAUGAUCACGGAGAAGUCGCUCUAUCAUUUGGCGAACUAUUACAACAUGACGGUCUACCACCACCACCUCCCAGAGCUUGCUGCGCAUGGACGCGACUACCUACUGGAGGUCAACCCUCACUACGCGGAAGGCGGUGAAGACAGCGUCAACCGGAUAGACGCCCGCUGGGUCGACAUGGAUACCGGCUUGUUCAUCGACGUUACAACUCUGCGUCGGAACAGAACUGCUAAGGAGGGCGGGGAGGAUGCGUUGAUGGUUAAAGACCUGCACAGCUACAAGUUCGAUGACGUCUUCCCGCUCCGCAUCAGCGUGUUUGAGGAUUUUCCAGUGAGGAUCCCAUACGCCUACGCCGACCUGUUAGUUAACGAGUACGGAGAGAAUGCGCUGGUAGAUAUGAAGUACGGGAAUCACCGAUUUGAUGCUGAGAGGGGGGUUUGGGUCAAGCAAGAGUAUGCUGGCGUCGUGCAUCCGCUGGACUGA